AUGAAGGGCCCCAUGUCCCCGCUCUCGCUGCGCGCGACGGAGUUGGAGGACCGGCCGCCGGAGUGGAUGGCGCUCAUCGCGCCGUCAUCCUCGGCGGGCCCUGCGCCGCCUCUCCCGUCGGCUUCCAGCAGCAAUGGCGGAGCAGGAGGCGGCUUAAAGCCCCGCCGCGUGCGAGUGCUGCCAGUCUCACACCCCUCCCACGCUGACAUCUACGACAGCGGUUCUCCCGGCGGGACCGGGGGUUUCAUUGGUUCCAACUGCUGGGCGGCAUUUUGGCGCGUAGUGCACUACCUCUUCCCGUGUACCAAGUGGAUGGCGGCUUAUAACCUGCGAGACGACCUCUUGGCGGACCUUAUAGCGGGGAUAAGCGUGGGCACGAUGCUUGUGCCACAGUCCAUGUCAUACGCUAAGCUUGCUGGCCUCCCCCCGAUAUACGGCCUAUACUCGGCAUUCGUGCCCAUUCUGAGCUACGUGGUGUUCGGCUCAUCCCGCCAGCUGGCAGUGGGCCCCGUGGCCAUCGUAUCCAUCCUCACAUUCAACGGGCUCCGCAAGGUUGUAGCGGAGAAGCUCCGCGACUCCGCUGUAGCGGCGGGCCUGGCUGCUACAGCAGGGGGCGUGGGAGGGGGGAUAGAGCUCCCAGGAGCGACAGGUCUGGGUGGGUUCCAACCCUCUAGGUCCCUGCUGGAUUUCCGAAGCUCUGUUGGCGGUAGUAGUAAUAGCGGCAGCAGCGGUGGCAGCAGUGGCAUCAGCAGCAGCGGUGCUCUGUUUCCGUUUCCUGUGAGCACGGCUGCCAGGCAGCUGAGUAGCAUGGGGUGGGGGAUCACAGCCGCGGAAUUGACAGGUGGAGGAGGGGGAGUAGGAGCAGGAGCAGGAGGGAUGCUAGGAGGAGGGGCAGGAGGGGCGGUAGGGGCGGCGGAUGUGAGCAUGGAAGAGUUGGCAGUGCUGCUGGCGCUGAUGGUGGGACUUCUCGAAGUGCUCAUGGGUCUGCUCAGAAUGGGGUGGCUCGUGCGUUUCCUCUCACACAGCGUUGUCUCGGGGUUCACCUCAGGAGCGGCGCUCCUGGUGUGCGUGUCCGUGGCAAAGGACAUUCUCGGCUUCUCCAUGCCGGGCCAGACAACGUUUGUGGCGGCGCUGUCGCACAUAAUCAAGCAGAUCAUGGCGGGGAAGGCGCACUGGGAGCCCAUGGCGCUGGGGGGAGGCGCGCUGCUGCUGCUGCUGCUCAUGAAGGAGGCGGGGAAAAGCUGGAAAUCGCUGCAGGUGCUGCGGUGUGCAGGGCCCUUCACCAGCAUCGUGCUUGGAGCCCUGGUCGUCAAAUUCUGGCGUCCCCCCCACGUGCCUGUGGUCGGCGAGAUCCCCCAGGGUCUGCCCUCUCUCUCCACGGCCUUCCCCUGGGAGUACUUCCCCAAGCUGCUGCCAACAGCGCUGGUCAUCACAGGAGUGGCCAUCCUGGAGUCGUGUGGAAUAGCCAAGGCGCUGGCAGCGCGCAACGGGUACGCCAUCGAUGCCAACCAGGAGCUCUUCGGGCUCGGCAUGGCCAACGUGCUCGGCUCCUUCUUCUCCUCCUUCCCCACCACCGGCUCGUUCUCUCGAUCAGCAGUGAACAACGAGGUGGGAGCGCGCACAGCACUGAGUGGGCUCAUUAUGGCGCUCAUGGUCGUCGCCACGCUGCUCUUCCUCACUCCAGCCUUCAGAGACGUGCCGCAGUGUGUGCUGGCAGCAGUGGUGGUGAAUGCAGUGCACGGCUUGGUGGACCUACAGGAGCCGCUCUUCCUGUGGCGCGUGGAGAAGAAGGACCUCGUUCUCUGGUUCUGCGCCUUCCUGGGCACACUGCUGCUGGGACUGGAGACUGGCGUUCUCAUCUCGGUGGCGCUCUCCCUCGUUUUUGUCAUUCAUGAGUCUGCCAAUCCGCACAUGGCCGUGCUGGGUCGCCUCCCAGGCACCACGGUCUACCGCAACGUGAAGCAGUACCGCGACGCGUACACGUACAGGGGCGUGGUCAUUCUGCGCAUCGACUCACCCAUCUAUUUUGCCAACGUGGACUAUAUCAAAGAGAGGCUACGCAAGUACGAGCUGCAGAGGGUGGCGUGGUGGAAGGACGGCAGCAGCGGCAGCAGCGGAGGAAGGCUGGCAGGCAGCAACGGGGGAGCCAACGGAAUGGCUGUCAUGGACCUGCGCUUUCUCAUACUCGAGAUGUCCCCCGUUACUUAUAUCGAUUCCACGGCCGUGCACGCCCUCAAGGAGCUCUAUAACGAGUACAAGGCACGGGACAUCCAGCUGUGCUUCUCCAACCCCUCGCCCAAAGUCAUGCUCACCAUGGCCCGAGCCGGUUUCCCUGAUCUGAUCGGCCGCCAGUGGUACUUUGUGCGGAUCCACGACGCCGUUCAGGUGUGCCUUGCACUGCUGGAAGAUACAGAGAUCACCAUCGAAACCCCUUCGCGCUACCAGCGAGCUGACUCCUCUGCAGUGACUCAGCAGGUUUCUCCCACGCCAGGCCUCACCCUCUCUCCGCACCUGUCCGCCAGCUUUGUGAAUCUCGCCCAAGCUGCCCAACGAGCCAGCAGCUCAAACUCUGAAGGUGGGUUGAGUACGGUUGGGGAGGAUAUCCAGUCCAUGUCAGGUGAGUCAGAGGAGAGUAUGGGUGCGAGGCGGAGGAAGAAGCAGAGUGUGGCGACAGCAGCUGCAGAUGCAGCAGAUGCUGCAGAGGAUGCUGCGUUCUUUGAAGGGAGGAUGAGCAGUGGGACAACUGCGUACGGGGAGCGGGGAGGGAAUCUUUCCCCGCCUAUGCGCGCUUUCUCUAGCACUUGUGCGCGCGCGACCAGUGCCAACCACGUGGUCAGAUACACUGCCCACAGGGCUGCCGCUGAUCCGUUUAGGAUCGAGAUAAGCUAUGAUGAUCUGUUCCCCCACAUAGUCUACCUGAACGACCUGAGACACGAUCCGGACAAGGUCAAGGAUGGAUCAGCGGCGUCGGGCGAUUCGGGACUUGUCUCCAAAUGGAGAAUGAAGGAUCGGAUGAAGACGAGCAGCGUGGCCAUCGUGCUGUGUCUCAACAUCGGAGUGGACCCCCCUGACGUCAUCAAGAUCUCGCCCUGCGCGCGAGUCGAGUGCUGGAUCGAUCCCUUUUCAAUGCAAGCACAGAAGGCCCUGGAUACCAUUGGGAAGAACCUUCAAGCGCAGUACGAGCGCUGGCAACCCAAGGCGCGCUACAAGGUGCGGCAGCUGGGAUCCCACAACGGAGGAGGUGUAGAAGCUGCGCGCUACAAGGUGCAGCUGGACCCGACGGUGGAGGAGACACGCUACAAGGUGCAGCUGGACCCGACGGUGGAGGAGGUGAAGAAGCUAUGUGUGACGUGCCGCCACAAUGCCAAGGCGGAGAGGGUGCUGUUUCACUACAACGGCCACGGCGUGCCCAAGCCCCCUCUCCCUCACCCCCCCUCUUCUAUGCCCCCCCAGGCACGCUACAAGGUGCAGCUGGACCCGACAGUGGAAGAAGUGAAGAAGCUAUGCCUGACGUGCCGGCGCAACGCCAAGGCGGAGAGGGUGCUGUUCCACUACAACGGCCACGGCGUGCCCAAGCCCACAGGCAACGGGGAGAUCUGGGUGUUCAACAAGACGUACACGCAGUACAUCCCGCUGUCCGUGUAUGAGCUCGACUCGUGGCUCGCCACGCCCUCCAUCUAUGUGUUUGACUGCUCCGCUGCCGGCAUCAUCAUCAACGCGUUUGUCGAGCGUCCUGACUGGGCCCUAGCAGCUCCGUCCAGCCCCCUCGCGUCCCCAACAGCAGCCAGCAGGGAAGCAGCAGCCGCCACAGCAGCAGCAGCAGCAGCAGCAGCGGGGAUGCGCGACCGAAUACUGCUGGCAGCGUGCGGCCCAGAGGAGAUUCUUCCUCAGCCGCCUGACUUGCCAGCAGACCUCUUCACUGCAUGCCUCACCACGCCCAUCAAAAUCGCUUUGCAGUGGUUCUGCUCACGCUCGCUCCUGCGCGACUCGCUGGACCCGGAGAUGGUGGAGCGCAUUCCCGGGCGGCAGAGUGAGCGCAAGACGGCGCUGGGCGAGCUCAACUGGAUCUUCACCGCCGUCACCGACACCAUCGCCUGGAACACCCUCCCCACGCACCUCUUCCAACGCCUCUUUCGGCAAGACCUGCUCGUUGCGUCGCUGUUCCGGAACUUUCUGCUCGCGGAGAGGGUGAUGAGGGCGAGCGGGUGCACGCCCGUGUCGUAUCCACGACUCCCACCCACGCACCAGCACCACCUAUGGCACGCAUGGGACAUGGCAGCGGAGAUGUGUCUUGCACAACUGCCCACGCUCCUUGCAGACCCCAACGCCGAGUUCCAGCCCAGCAGCUUUUUCUCGCAGCAGCUGAUGGCGUUUGAGGUGUGGCUGGAGCACGGCAGCGACAAGAAGAGACCCCCGGAGCAACUCCCCAUCGUGCUGCAGGUGCUACUCAGUCACUCGCACAGGCUGCGAGCUCUCGUGCUUCUGGGAAGAUUCCUCGACAUGGGACCCUGGGCUGUCGACCUGGCGCUGUCUGUGGGCAUAUUCCCGUAUGUGCUCAAGCUGCUGCAGACGAGUGCAGUGGAGCUGCGGCAGAUCCUCGUGUUCAUCUGGACCAAGAUCCUGGCUCUUGAUAAGACAUGCCAGGUGGAUCUGGUGAGGGAUGGCGGCCACAUGUAUUUCAUCAAGUGCCUUGAGACCCACGAGCCAUACUCCUCCGACCCCAGGGAGCGAGCCACAGUGGCUUUUCAGCGAGCCAUGGCUGCGUUUGUGCUUGCGCUCAUAUGCGAUGGUCAUCCCAAGGGGCACCAAGCGUGCCUGCAGGCGGGACUCAUCCCUCUCUGCCUGAUGCACAUCCAAGCUGCGCCUCCAGCAGAGCCACUGCUGCUGCAAUGGCUGUGCCUGUGUGUGGGCAAGCUGUGGGGGGGAGCGCCAGAGGCACAAGCAGCGGCAUUAGCUCAGCAUCGCGCCCCUCAGAUCCUUUCCCCGUUACUGUCAGAGCCACAGCCAGAGGGUCAACAGCAGCAGGCAGAGCAAGGGAGGCGUGACAGGCAGGAGGAGGAUGCGGGGCAGAGGCCUGAGGAAAUGGAAGUGUACGACGUGAUUGACUUGACGUUGGAGAACGACGAGGGCAUGCUUGUCCAUUCUUUUGAUCAUGUACAGCUCUCGCCUGGGGAUGGAGAAGAAGCAGAAAGAGGGAGAGGGAGUGGAGGAUGA